GAAUAUCUCGCUGGCUCUCGGGCGACGUCUGGAUCGAAAAACAAAAAUUCUCAGUUGGCUGUGAUUCUUCGCGUAUCGAGUACACGGUGCGCUUCUCUUAUUUCACGGCAUUCUUUGUCGCUCGCGAUCUUAGGUAUACUGUUCAUAAGUCGGACGUUUGUGAUUAUGUUUUGUUUGUGUCUGGUGUUUUGAUUGUUUUUUGUUUCGUUGUUUUUUUUUAAUUGAGUCGAACGCCAGCUUUUUUUCUUUGUUUUUAUUUUAUUAAAAGGAUUUCGGUCAUUUGGGCCAGCGAAAGAAAGUCAUGAAAUCAAGAGAGGGAUUAUUAUCGUAAACGAAGUUUAGCGGAUAAUUAAAUGUUGUCACAGUUAACAAAAAUGACAUAAAUUUGAAUUUUUGAUUAUAUUAGGAAAUCGCUUCCUAAAUAUAUUAAUAAAAUAUCAAGACUAAAUAAACAAGAAUAUAAUUGCUUUAAAUUGAAGAUGGCCAGUUUUUCCAUUGUCAUAGUUUUUCUAGUCCUAGUCAUUUUUAGUGUUAAUGGCAAUGUUUAUCUUCAUCGCAGGCAACGAAAAUCACAGGUAUUUACGCCGAUAACAACGAGAUCUAGCCCAAAACCUAAUAUCAUCUUAAUACUAACCGACGAUCAAGACGUGGAAUUAGGUUCGAUGAAUUACAUGCCAAAAACUUUGAAAUCAAUCCGUGACCACGGGGCUGAAUUCCGUCACGCAUACGUUACAACCCCUAUGUGUUGUCCGUCUCGGUCGUCAUUACUUACAGGAAUGUAUGUUCACAACCAUUUUGUUUAUACGAACAAUGAUAAUUGUUCGAGUACACAAUGGCAGGCCACACACGAGACCAGAACAUUUGCAACGUACCUAUCAAAUGCUGGCUAUCGAACCGGUUAUUUCGGAAAGUACCUUAACAAGUAUAAUGGUUCCUAUAUUCCACCUGGAUGGAGGGAAUGGGGCGGACUAAUAAUGAAUUCCAAAUAUUACAAUUAUUCAAUCAAUAUGAAUGGAAAGAAAAUAAAACACGGUUUUGACUAUCACAAGGAUUAUUACUCAGAUUUAAUAUUGAAUGAUUCAAUAUCAUUCUUAAGGCAUUCGAAAAAGCAGUACCAAUACAAACCGGUGAUGUUAAUGAUGUCCUUUCCAGCUCCUCACGGUCCUGAAGACUCGGCUCCGCAGUUUUCCGACCUAUUUUUCAACGUAACAACACAUCAUACUCCAAGCUAUGAUCACGCACCAAAUCCUGACAAACAAUGGAUACUACAAGUUACCAACAACAUGUCACCGAUACAAAGAGAUUUUACUGAUCUUUUGAUGACGAAACGUUUACAGACCUUACAAUCUGUUGAUGCUGCUGUUCAAAAAGUUGUAGAAGAGCUGGAAGAAUUAGGAGAGUUGGACAAUACUUAUAUUAUUUAUACAUCCGAUCACGGAUACCAUCUAGGUCAAUUUGGAUUGGUGAAAGGCAAAAGUUUUCCUUUUGAAUUUGAUGUCCGUGUACCGUUUCUUGUUAGAGGUCCAGGAGUGGAACCUGGUACAGUAGUGAACGAUAUAGUCCUUAAUAUCGAUUUAGCGCCUACAUUCUUGGAUAUGGCUGGAGUAGAACCCCCACCGCAUAUGGACGGAAAAUCUGUAUUACCAUUAUUUCAAACUGCCAAAAGAAAAAAGAUGAAAUGGCCUGAUACGUUUUUAAUAGAGAGUUCUGGUAGAAGGGAAAUGCCGCAUCCAGAAAAAAACAAGCAGAAAUACUUAACCACCGCUUCUCCAAUCAAUCUAUCUGCAGACGAUCCAACAUCGACUAGUUAUAAUUUCUUCAAUUCUUCUGAGCAAGAAAUGUUCACAGCUCAAUAUGUUGAAGCAACAGAUACACCUAAAAUUUUCGAAUCUUCCGAAGAUCAAUCCGAAAUUAAUUCAGAAGGUGAAGAGGACGCUGAUGAAGACGACGAAGGAAUGGAAGAAGUUACAGAAGAAGAAGGGGAUCUAGAAGAGCAGACUAAUUUUGAUAAUGUAGGAUUAGCUCUAGACUUUAUAAACGAAGGUGAUAUGCAGUUGGAUAAUCGGCUCCCACCAGUGCCUCUUUCGUCUAAACUCGAAAGAUUAGCCGUGGAAUGUUUACGACCAGAAAUGCGGUUACCUUGCCAAAAAGGACAAAAGUGGUUUUGUGAAAACGAUGCUGGUAGAUGGAGGAAAAGGAAAUGCAAAUCGACCAAUCAAAUUAUAACGAGAGAUGUAAAUACUCCAAUAACGAACAAGACGUUUAGAAAAUGCGCAUGUUUUACUCCUAAUGGUCUGGUAUAUAAAAAAUUACCAUUGCAGAAUAUGUCAAGAGAAAAGUAUUGGAAAUCUGAUGUUAACAGUAGAACAAAAAGAGACUCGGCAUUGGAAGAAAUAUUUUUUGAGGAUUAUGAUGACGAAAGUAACGAAUCCCACAUUUUGUCGAAAAGGGAGAGAAUGCUGAACCUGGCACAUGUAGAGAACGCUAUGGUAGAUGUUGAAGACCGUAUACAUGGUUUGAAAAUGGAAAACAAUACCAUUAUCAGUGAUCCAUCUUUAAAAGUCAACCUCAACACCAACUCCAUAGGCCCAGCAUGUUUUAUACAGAAAGGAAAAAUUAAUUGUUCAACCGUUAUUUAUAAGGAUAAAAAAACGUGGCGUCGAUCUCGACAUCGCGUUGAAAACGAAAUUCAAGAAUUAAAAUACAAGCUAGAAGCUUUGAAAGAAAUCAGACGCCACUUGAAGAAUACCAGACCCCCAGAUCAGAUACAUAAUAAACCAAAUAAUUCGGAACUUAACAAUUUCAACGAUUUGACUUUCCAAAGAAAUAAUUUGAAUAUAGGAAUAUCUAAUAAUCCCGGUUUUUACAGACCAAUGACAAUCGGUAAUAAAAUUAACAAUAAGAAGCGCAGGAGAAAACCUGUAAAUGUGUCAUCAGAGAAAAUUACAACUGAAGUUAGCUCUACGAAUAAUGUUAAUUAUAUGACUACCGAUCCAGAAGAUAUUUCUUCCACUACAGAAAGUGCUACAUUUUCAUCCAAAUUAGUGACGAACCAUCAUCGACACGGCCAUAAAAUUUACAAUUUUACACAAAAAAUGUCAACAACUACAUCAACGCCUUUAGUUGUUUCUUCUACCAGGACAAGAAAAGUACAAAGUCAAAAGCCGCAUAGAACAGAUGAUUUGAUCCCCCUUCCAAGAAGAAGAGUGAAACCCGAUCUUUGCCAUUGUGAUACCUAUGUAUCUAAUGAAGAUCAGGAAAAAGAAAACAAAAGACGUAUCAGGGAAGAACGACUUAAAAAGAAGCUUCGAAAACAAAGAAAAAAAGAACAAUUGGAAAAAGAAUGUGGUCUUGAGAAGAUGAACUGUUUUCAUCACGACAAUGAUCAUUGGAAAACAGCUCCUUUAUGGAAUAAGGGACCUUUUUGUUUUUGUAUGAAUUCAAAUAACAAUACCUACACUUGUAUUAGGACUAUCAAUUCAACGCACAAUUAUUUGUAUUGUGAAUUUACAACUGGGUUUGUAACGUACUACAAUUUGAGAAUAGAUCCAUUUGAAUUACAAAACAGAGCAGAUUCUCUUAAACCGGAAGAGCUUUCGUAUCUUCACGACACUUUAACACAUUUGAUGGCUUGCAAAGGAAAAACUUGUACAAUUUCACACUCUAAUAAUUCACAUCUGAAAAAUAGACCAAGAGCUAAUAGCUUACCAAUGCAUUCUAAUUUGCAGCAACAUUUCAAAAAGAAAAAAUUCCCAGAAGAUCAUGGCAACGAAGCAACAAGAGGUAUUUUGCAACUAGUGAGGUCUGAUAUAAAAAGAAGAGACAGAAUAAAUAACUCUACCUCUACUCGAGGUAUUCCAAAUAGGAAAAGAAGGAAGACAUGAACAAAUCUACAAAUACUUUGACAAUAUAAAUGUCAAAUAUUUCAACUAUGUGCAAGUUUUUCUGUAGUAUUUUUUUUCAUAUAAGUGAUACUAGAUAGCUCCAAAAACCAAACUAGCAAUAAUUUUGAUGCUUUUAAAGUAUUUAUUAAUUUAUUUUCAAAACAUUCUUAAUGAAUAUUUGUGCAUUUAUCUUCGAAUUGGUGUUUUAGCUAGGAAAUAUUUUGGAGCAUGAUAUAUUUCAUUUUAAAAUACCAAAUAUUAUUUAUAGUCUUCGGAAUUUGUAAAAAAAAUCUUUAACAUGAACUGAUCAAAUUUGUAAA